AUGAAAAAUGAUGAUGUGCAACAAGGCAAUGAAGGAGAUCAGUUAGAUACAGAUGUUGCCGCUGAAAAUGAACGGGGUGAGUCAAAGAGCGAUGAUGACAGCGAUGAUGAGGAGUUUAUUCCGUCUGAUCCUGAGGGUGAUAGUGCAGGUGACAUUCAUUUUACAGAUAGUGAUGAGAAAUACGAUGAUGAGAGUGGGUUUGAGGAAGAUACAACUGCCAAGAGUAGUAAGAGAGUUGAUAAAGGUAAAGGGGUUAUGAAUGGCGAUUUUAGUGAUGAUGAAGGUUUCAACAGCGAUGAAGUGGACUUGGAGUAUGAGGUUGGUGUUGGUUCAGGUGAUGAGAAAGGAGAAGGGGAAGAUAAGAAUGAGGCAAGGAGUUAUCCAAUUCAUAAGGAUUGUAAAGACAUGAAUAGCUACAAGUGGGAGGUGGGAACAAUUUUUGCUUCAAGAGAGGAAUUUAAAGACACUAUGACGUCGUAUGCAGUACAAACAAGAAGGGGACUGAGGUAUGCGAAGCUUGAUUUGGUUAGAGUGAGGGUUGUUUGUCAGCCUGGUUGUCCUUUUUGGUUAUAUGCUGCUAAGAUGAAACAUGAAGCAACUUGGCAACUUCGGUCCAUGAACCUUAAGCAUACUUGUGGCCAGUCUCAUAGGGUUGGAAUAAUACAUACUUCGUGGCUGAGUAGGACUUUUAAGAAGAAGGUGGAACAUAAUCCGAGGGUUAAGAUCAAGGAAUUGGUGAGCAAGGCACAAAGGAAUUGGAACCUGAUAGUUACAACCUUAAUGGCAGCUAGGUCAAGGCAAACGGCGUUGGAUGACAUACAGGGAGAGUAUAGGAAGCAGUACAAGAGGAUUGGUGAUUACUGCUAUGAGUUGCUACAUUCUAAUCCAGGAUCCUCAGUGACUCUGAAGGUACAGAGGUCCCCUGACUUUGAGCAUGAGCAGCAACACUCAUCUUUGAACAACUAUUGCAUAUUUCAAAGACUUUAUGUAUGCCUAGAUGCUUGCAAAAAAAACUUUCUGCAAUGUAGGAAGUUCAUUGGGUUAAAUGGCUGCUUUCUGAAAACACCUCAAGGGGGGCAGCUGUUGACUGCUAUAGGGUGGGACCCGAAUGAUCAAAUGCUCCCUAUCGCCUAUGCCGUCGUGGAGUCAGAGACGAAGGAUAGCUGGACUUGGUUCCUGAAGCUGCUAAUUCAUGAUUUUGGGUCUGAGACAAUUGGCAGGGCAACCUUCAUGUCUGAUCAGCAGAAUCAACUUCAGAAAGAAGUUCCCUGGACUGCAAUUGAAGCAACUGAUGUGGAGAUGUGCAAAAGCUACAAACUGGAAGGACUGAGAGAGAGAAAUGCAGUGAUCCGAGGGGUUAAUGUCGAGGCUCACAGGCAUCUGAACUCUAUUCCUCCAAAAUUCUGGAGCAGGUCCAGGUUUAACUUCCAUUCCAAAUAUGAUACUCUUGUAAACAAUAUGUGUGAAAGCUUUAAUGUGGCAAUAGUAGAUUCUAGGGAGAAGCCCAUAAUUACUAUGCUAGAUAGGGUGUACCUAAUGAGUAGAUGGACUGUUAAUAGAGAAAGAAUUAAAAAAUUCAAUGGAACAAUUUUACCUCGAAUUAGGAAGAAGAUAGAGAGAAGAGGAAGGACAGCCGGUGAGUGGAGGCCUAACUGGUCUACUACACAAACUUAUGAGGUUGUCAAUGGGUUGAGCAAAUAUUCUGUUGAUUUAUCUCUUCGUGAGUGUUCAUGUAGGAAGUGGCAGCUAAGUGAAAUUCCUUGCACACAUGCAUUAAGCUGUAUAAACUUCAAGGGUCUUGAAUUGGAUUCGUAUGUGGAUGACUGCUACAAGAGAGAUGCCUACGUCAAGUGUUAUGAAUCCGCAAUCAACCCUCUCAAUGGCCCAGAUCUGUGGGAGCACACAAACUUCGAUGAUGUCAUGCCACCACCUUAUCGGAGGCCUAGUCACAAACCAGUGAAGAAGAAGAAAAGAGGACCUGAUGAAUCAGAGGAUAGAUGCCAGACACACUUGUCUAGGAGGGGGCAGAAACAGAGGUGUUCAAGGUGUGGUGCAGCAGGUCACAAGAGAGGAAGGUGCAGCAAUCCACCCCUCCCUGCCCAACACCCUAAACAAACUGCUGCCAAGAUAGCUACUAGAGGAAGGAAGAGCUCAAUUUUGAAACCUGCUAUACAAUCUGCUACCAGAGGGAGGAAGAGGUCCAGAGCUCAAGGAAAUUUAUCAUCACAGCCCCAACCAGCCAGCAGCUCAACUCCCAUAACCAGGUUUAAGUCAUCCCAUUCCCAGCCUAUCCCCAAGCCCAGAACACAUGCAACUAGGCCCAAUACAACAGCAGCAGCUACUCCCCAACGAAGGCCCAACAAGAAGCCCAUCAAAAGCUCAACCCAACCACCACCAGUCACUAAGGACAAGGGUGCAUCCAGCUUAAGCCAACCAAUGAUGCACAAGGUCUUCUUCACUCAGAACAUUGCACUGCAUGUUUCUCCAAGAAAGUUGAAGCUGAUGGCAAAACUGCCUCCAAGAGAAUGGGGAAAGUUUUGA